AUGAGGCAGGAUAGUCAGGCAGACUCUCACUGCCAGAGAGAGGAGGACCAGGAAAUGUCCCUGGUCCCAAAUGGACCCUACCUGGGCCACUGCACCUUGARCUGCUCGUGCUGUGCAGGGGGCUCRUGCACAGACCCCAGUGCCUGCAGCCCCUGCCCUCCAGGCCACUACCAGCCCCAAAGUGGGCAACCAUCCUGCCUGCCAUGUCCACAGGGCUAYUACACCAGCUUCCCAAGGAGCGCCGUGUGCCUUCCCUGCCCACCUGGACAUUUUGCCAACGAGUCUGGGGCUGCAGCCUGCAGAGCCUGUGAGAGAGGCUAUUUUAGCUCCAAGCAAAAUGCAGCUUUUUGUCUGCCUUGCCGACCAGGAUCAUUUUGCAACACCAGCAGCUGCUCGGCCUGUCUGCCCUGCCCCGGGGGRCAGGAGGCUCCUCGGGAGGCGUCGGAGGGGUGCGUGUCCUGCCCGCCAGGUACAUUCAAAGGUUCCAGUGACAACAGAUGCAAGGCCUGCAGGACAGGAGAGUAUCAAUUACAGCGGGGCAAGGAGAGCUGUGACCUGUGCCCAGAAAACAGCUACUGUCCUAGCCCAGAUGUGAGCCCGGUCAAGUGCCCUCCCGAYGCCUUCUGCCCCAGGGGCAGCGUGGAGCCCACCUACUGCAUGGAGCUGUUCCUCUACAAGGUGGGGGACUCCUGCCAGCUGACCCCUGCCACGGUCAUUGUCCUGGCAGCCUUCACAGCAGGUGGAAUCCUUGUUGUCGUUCUGAUAAUUCUGAGAAGGUGGCAAGAGCGUGGCAAGAAAUCCUUGAAGUCCCUGCUGCUGCCCCGGGGCUCGGGAGGACACAGCACGUACGGGGGCACGGAGCACACAGAGCCCAUCUAUGCUGGAUGGUAGCACAGGACAUGAUCAGCAGCCUCCUGCCUCUCUUUCCCCUGUGGUAAAACAGUUGUGGGUCUGGGCAAGGUGUUCAGCCACGAGCAACCUAUUUCUGUAUAGAUAAAAUCAGUGCUGGGAAAUAAAACUCACGUUUUUGAGUCAUGGCUGCUUGUGUGAACCAACCCAGCUCCCUUAUGUACUGCGUGGGCUGAUGGGAAAGGUCUUCCCCUUUCAGUUCCUGGCUUUGUUCACAAGUAAUUACUUUUCUCCUUUUUUCAGGGACAAAAA